AGGAAUGAGGAAGUUCAGACCUGCAGGAACCUAAGUCCCUCUGUUGAAAUCACGUUUUCACUGCAUGUUUAGAACAAAGCGAUUGAGAGUCACGAUGGGACAGCAGUGGAGAUCAAACUAUCUGUGCUUCGUACUACUCCUACUUUUCUUUGGAGCACGUUUCGUCUGUGCUGCAGGGAGUCACCAACUCUGUUUUACGUAUGGAUGCUUUGACUCAAGUGACACCCAGGUCUAUGUGACAUUAGACAAUGAUGAAUUGUAUCAUGCAGAUUUUAAAAACAACAUUGGCGUCUGGGAUAGCAAAAUGGAAACUGUGCAAUCUAAAUAUACAGACACUAUACGUGAAUAUGCAGCAAUAUACCGAACUGCGUGUAUGAAAGAUAUACAUCGAUGGAAACCGGACCCAGACGUUAGAAGGACUAAAGACCCACCAGAUGUGAUGAUGUACUCCAAAGACGAAGUGAUUGAAGAUGUAGAGAACACCCUGGUGUGUUUUGCCAACAACUUUUUCCCACCUGUAAUCAACAUCAGGUGGACCAAGAAUGACAAACAGGUGGCUAUGGAAGAUCCCUUCAUCAAAACUAUUUCCAACUCUGAUGGGACAUUUCAUGUCUUCUCCUACCUGACCUUUGUUCCAAAGCAAGGAGACAUUUACAGCUGCACUGUGGAACAUGAAGCCCUGGACGAACCUAAGACCAGGUUUUGGGACGUUGAAACAGAGGAGAAGAGUGUGGGUCCAACCGUCUUCUGUGCUCUUGGUCUGAUUCUUGGGCUUCUUGGAAUUGCUGCAGGAACUUUCUUGUUUGUGAAAGGAAACCAGUAUUGUAACAACACAGACAAUGUUGGUUAAUAACAUAAAAGAGUAGCUUCCCUUUUGGCUUUAUUUGCAUGGAAUAAUCUUUAGGUACUUUUAGGCUUUGUAUACAGCCAUUUUGCCUAUGCUACAUUGAUGUAUCAAGAGUAGCCUUGUAAAUGUUCAGGUUUGCUUAAAUUACUACUAGAAAAAUUCCGCUUCAAUUUAAAUGUCUUUCCUCAACACUACAGUGCAGUUGUGUUGUUUCUGUAUUUGUCUGAUCAGAUACUGCAUCCUGUCAGUAACUGUUAUUAAACAAGGAUAUCAUUUAAAAUAAAAACUUCCUGUUUUCUACA